UCUGUUGCUUUUGUUUUCUUUCUCCUCUCUGCGAAAUAAUUCAGGUUUAUUUUUUUUAAUUCCGAUUUUUAUCUUUUUUCGCUUCUCCCCUUUUUCUCCCAGGUCCUGGAACGUCGAUCCAGCCGGCGGUGGCAGCCCCCAAAAGGUUUUCGUCCUAUUUCAACAUCUCCUGCUCAUGCGUUGAGGUCCUGACCCAUCAUGGAGACCUCAACCUAGUUUUCUUUCCGCCAUGCCGGAGAUUUUUCCUCUAAGGAAUGAAAGGAAGGACCUCAGUUAGGCUACUGGGACAAGCAGGAUGGAUCAGAACGGAUCUUCUCAGAACCCAACGGUGAUCUACAUGGCUGAAGUGACAACGGGGCAAGGUCUUUCAACGGGGACUUCAGAUUUGAUCUCCAUCACCUUGGUGGGCACCAACGGCGAAAGCCCCAAGAGGUAUCUGGACCAGAUUGGGAUGACCUGCUCUCUAGGAUCGGUGGCGGAGGUGGACAUUCCAUGCGACCGGGACUUGGGACCCAUCUUGCUGAUCCGCCUGCAGAAGGAGCCCUAUUCCUGUUUCCCCGAGAGCAGCUGGUACUGCAGCAAGGUCCAAGUGACCAGUCCUCAAGGAGAGCUCUUCCGCUUCCCCUGCUACCAGUGGAUCGAGGGUUACUGCACCGUCUCCUUCAGAGAAGGAACAGCUCACAAGCCUUCGGACGACACUCACCCUCUUCAGCAGAGGCAUCGCCAGGAGGAGCUGCAGCUGCAACAGCGCACAUAUGGGUGGAAGGAAUACCUGCCCGGUAUACCUUGGUGUUCUGACGUCGAAUCAAUUGUCAGAACUGAAGACAACAUUACGUACUCCAUCCCUAAGUCCACGGCCUUUUUCGGACGUUCAGCGACUUCCCGCUUUGAGGCCAAAAUGAAGGGCUUCCUCGACAGGCCUUACUCUUGGGAGAAGCUGGAGGACAUCCGCAAAAUCUUCUGGUUCCAGCACAAUCCCGUCUCAGAGUACGUCUUUAAGCACUGGAAGGACGAUGCUUUCUUUGGGUACCAGUUCCUGAACGGAAUCCACCCCAUGAAAAUCCAGAAAUGCACCACUAUCCCGGAAAACUUCCCCGUGACCCAGGAAAUGGUGGCAGGAACUUUGGGACAAACGACAACCCUACAGGAGGAACUGGAGAAAGGAACCAUCUACUUGGUGGACUACAAGGUCCUCGAGAACGUCCCCACUACUUUAUUAAACAACCAGAUGCAAUAUAUUGCUGCUCCUAUCUGUCUGCUCCAUCAAAAACCCAGCGGAGAACUUCUCCCUCUGGCUAUCCAGCUCAGCCAGCAUCCUGGUCCUCAGAGUCCCAUCUUCCUACCCACCGACGAUGAGUGGCUGUGGACCUUAGCCAAGACCUGGGUGCGAAACGCCGACUUCCACACCCACGAGGACAUCGCCCACCUGCUGCGCAGCCACAUGCUGUCCGAGGUCUUCGCGAUGGCCACCCUGAGGACCCUCCCCAUGUGCCACCCCUUGUACAAGCUUCUGAUCCCCCACAUGUGUUAUUCCAUCUACGUCGAUGUGUUGGCGAGGUCCUUCCUCAUCAGCCGAGGUGGCAUCUACGAUCAGGCCGUUGCCACCGGGCACCAGGGACUAGCGGUGGUUCUCCAGAGAGGCCUGGCGGAAAUGACCUACACGCAGCUUUGCCUUCCGGAUGACAUCGAAGCCCGGGGGGUGGGCUGCCUCCUCCAGUACUACUACAGGGACGAUGGCUUGAAGAUCUGGGAGGCCAUCCAGAGCUUCGUCUCGGGCAUCGUGGGACUCUACUACAAGAGCGACUCCGAGGUGCAGGGAGAUGGUGAGCUGCAGUCCUGGGUGGCCGAGAUCUUCGCCAAAGGCUUCCUGAGCAGAGAGACCUCAGGCGUCCCUUCCGCCCUGCACUCCGUCCCGGAGCUCAUCAAGUACCUGACCAUGAUCGUCUUCUCCUGCUCCGCUCACCACGAGGCCGUCAACGGAGGGCAGUUUGAGAUGGGGGCCUUCAUGCCCAACCUGCCUUCGUCCAUGAGGAAGCCCCCUCCCCAGGCGAAGACCCCCAUCACCCUGCAGGAAUUCCUGGACACCAUCCCGGAGAUGAACGUGACUAGCGAGGUGCUCUCCGUCCUCUGGGUGCUGCGGAACGAGAGCCUGGACAUGAAACCGCUGGGCUACUAUGACGAGGAGCACUUUGUGGAGGAAGGCCCGAAACGGCUGAUCUGCGCUUUCCAGGAGCAUCUCAGGAACAUCACCUUGGCCAUCGAUAAACGGAACGAGACCCUCACGCUGCCUUACACUUACCUCUAUCCCCCCAACAUAGAAAACAGCACCACCAUCUAGGACCCUGGAUUGCUUGGCCUGUGCAUGUUUCUAGUCCUCAACGAGGGGAGCCCCCCCAUUUUCUUCGAAAGCAGGGUGGGGUGAGCGAAUAUGAAGAAUAUGUCGGCACCAAAAGAUCCAGAGAUGUACGAAUUCCGCCUUGGGGAAUCCUCCAGGCAAUGGAAGAGGCAAAGGGGAAAUGACCACAACUGUAGUUGCGUCGGGAGUCCUAGCAUUGUGUAGGCAGUCCUCGAAUUACAACCGCAAGGGAGCCCCCAAAACCUCCGUUGUUAAGCGAGACGUUUGGAAAGUGAGUUUUGCCCCAUUGUUCGCGACCUUCCUCGCCUCGGUUGUUAAACGGAUCACUGCAGUUGACUCGUUAGCAACCCGGUCCUUAAAUGAAUCCAGCCGCAAAAGGGGAUCACGGCAGCCGUCGUAAGUAUGAACCAGUGGCCAAGUGUCCGAAUUUCGAUCAGGGCAUCACAACGGGGGAGGCUGCAGAGCUCGCAGUUUUGACCAACGAUCCUAAGUCGUUUUUUUUCCAGUGGCGUCACGAACAGUCGUAAGUCGAGGACUGCCUGGAGAUCCCUUCUCCUGCGAACACGGAGGAAGUGGAUUGAGAAAUAUAUUAUUUGGGGGACCGUAAGGCCCUUUGGCAACCGAACACGCCAAGGGCGGUCCAUUUCCCCCCUCCCCCGACCAAAAUAAAUCUUGUUUUAAGCAACGUUCCUCUCGAAAGAAAUGCUGAAUUUCAAGCCGAUCUUUUGUGUUGAGGUGUCUUUCCAGAGGGCGACAAGAGUUAAGAAGGCAAAAACCGACAAAUUACUUGGCAGUUGCAUUCUUUUUGCUGAAAUCUUUAACCCACAGCUCCCCAAACUUGGGUAAAUGACCCCAGAUUGAGCAAAAGUGGGUUUUUUUCCUCUACAAAACGACCCACAAUCGCAUUACACAAUCCCAGUAGGGACAUUUAAACUGACUUAAAGAUUUUUAUAGACAUUAUGCAUUGCUUUAGGCCAGGGUUUCCAAACUUGGCCACUUUAAGACCGGUGGACUUCAACUCCCAGAAUUCCACAUCCAGCAAGGGUUUCCCAGAAUUCAGCAUGGAUAGCACAAGAACAAAGAUGGCUAGACUGCUUUAUUGCAAUUUUGACUGGGUAACUUUCUUAAUAGACCAGGGGUCUUCAAACUUGGUCCUUUUACGACGUGUGGACUUCAACUCCCAGAAUUCCUCAGCCAGCGUGAGGGAACUAUGACCCUUUGAAGACUUGUUGAC